GCUGCGCCCCACGCAGCCCGCGCAGUGAAACAGCGCCGCGCCGCGCUCCACUCCCCCGGCGAGAGCACAGUCGAGCCGAGCCGCCGUCGUCGAGGCCACCAAGCCGGCGAGGCGACACUGUGCGAGACGCACACGGCAGCCCACUUGAUUCAUUUCUGGCGUGCGUGUGUGCGCCAUUCUGGCUCGCCGCACCUUCAGUCGCCGUGCCCGUGUUGACACCUGCACUGUCGGAGCGUGGGCGGUCGCUCACUGCGUGCUGCGUGCACUCCGUGUCGAGGAGCACGACAAGCAUCCCCGCGGAAAGGCGAGCCGCCCAGCGAUCUGCACGCCAGUGUGUCCACAGUGUGUCCUGCGGUCGUGUUACGCAAGCCGAGCCGGCUAGCGCCGCGGAGUGCUCACGCGCAUAAACGAUACGUAAUCAAGCAGCGCCGCAUCUCGCACCGAUAACUACAACAGGUGCAGCAUGGGGCGCUUGGCGUCCUUCUGGCAGGCGCUGACGCGCCGCAAGGUGGUGGACAUGAAGCGGCCCGCGUCGUCGUCCACGGCCUCCACGUCGACGGCGGACGGCUCGCCGCUGGCGCGCGUGCUCACCACGUUCGACCUGACCGCGCUGGGCGUGGGCUCGACGCUGGGCGUCGGCGUGUACGUGCUGGCCGGGUCCGUGGCCAGGGACUUCGCCGGCCCCGCCGUCAUCAUCUCGUUCGCCGUGGCCGCGGUGGCGUCCAUGCUUGCAGGCCUGUGCUACGCUGAGUUCGGUGCCCGAGUGCCCCUGGCCGGUUCUGCGUACAUCUACAGCUAUGUCAGCAUCGGCGAGUUCAUGGCCUUCGUCAUCGGAUGGAAUCUUAUCAUGGAAUACGUCAUCGGAUGUGCCAGUGUUGCUCGAGGACUGAGUAAUUACCUGGACCAGCUCAUGGGCAAUGUGAUGCAGGAUAGCUUCCAAAAUUUGCUGCAUCUGCACGUGUCCUUCCUGUCACCAUAUAUUGAUUUCUUCGCAUUUACUAUGUCGUUCCUUCUCUCUGUUAUUCUGGCAUUUGGUGUGAAGGAGUCAAUGUCUUUAAAUAAUUUGUUCACUGCUGUUAACAUGGCUGUGGUCCUCUUUGUCAUAGUGGCCGGAUCUUUCAAAGCUGAUAUUGCCAAUUGGCAGAUUGACAAAUCAACAAUUCCUCCUGACGUUCGUGGUGGACAGGGUGGAUUUUUCCCUUUUGGAUUUAUGGGGGUCCUGAGAGGAGCUGCAACCUGUUUUUAUGGAUUUAUUGGUUUUGACUGUGUGGCUACUACAGGUGAAGAAGUGAAGAACCCGCAAAGAGCCAUUCCUAUUGCCAUUAUUGUUUCACUUGUAAUUAUAUUCUUUUCGUACUUUGGUGUUUCUGCUGUGUUAACUCUCAUGUGGCCUUACUAUCUUCAGGAUCCUGAUGCACCGCUACCAUACGUUUUUGAACAAAUUGGCUGGCCUUUAGCUCAGUGGACUGUGGCAAUUGGAGGGAUUUUUGGUCUAUUUGCAAGUUUGUUUGGGGCCAUGUAUCCUCUACCUCGAGUAAUUUAUGCCAUGGCCAAUGAUGGUCUCAUCUUUAAAUUCUUGGGAGAAGUCCACCCUAAGUACAAGACUCCUUUGGUGGGGACUCUUCUUGCUGGAGUGAUAACUGGAAUUAUGGCUGCACUCUUCAAGUUGCAGCAACUUGUCAACAUGCUGUCAAUCGGCACCUUGGUUGCUUACACAAUAGUAGCUGCAUGUGUCCUUCUUCUUAGGUAUGCAGUUGAUGAAACUGCAGAUAAGCAGGAUGAGGAUGAGGCUGUGUCCCUGCUUAGUGAUACUGACCGCCUUACAGAUGACAUGUAUAGGUACCAUGAAUCUGAUGACGUUGGUGCAAGUGAUUACAAAGAGACAACUAAUUUGGUAUCACUGAAGGAUAAGCCAACUUUUUCAAGACUCCUUGCUCAGACUUUCAACCCACAAGGUUUGAAAACUCCUACUCCAGUGACAAGCCGUCUCGUCAGCAUUGAAGUUCUUCUAUUUUGUGGACUUUGUGUUGCAUUGGGAUUGUGCUUAGUUAACAUGGAGUCUCAGCUGAUGUAUGGCCACUGGGGUCCACUUGCUCUAGUUUGCAUUAUCAGUUCACUUUUGCUGAUUAUCGUAUUGUCCAUGGCUCUGCAGCCUAGCUCAAGACGCGAACUUGCAUUUAAGGUUCCCUUGGUUCCGGUCAUUCCUGCAGUGAGCAUACUUUUAAACAUCUACCUCAUUCUCAUGUUAGACCUUUACACAUGGUUCAGGUUUAUGAUCUGGAUGGCAGUUGGUGUGGGGGUUUACUUCAUUUCACUUGCAUGCCGCAAAAUGAAUUGGUGUGGCUCUGCACUGGCCCUUGACAUCCCUGCACGAUCACCUGUCUCCCAGUCUCCACCGGCACUCGCUCCUAAUGGAACCAGCGGCAAGAACGGUCCUUCAUCAGGCAUUAGUAGCAUCCAUAGCUUUAGUAAUGGUUGCAAUGGUAGUGAGACUGUAGUGAAGGACGAACAGAAGUCUUCUGAUGUGAUUUGGCGAGGAGCUCCUGUUCUGCUAGGGACUGCUAGCGAAACUGUCCUCUGUGAACCUUCUCCUAUUAAACCUACUCUAGAUGAUGCUCCUGACUUAAAUGACCAUGGAAGAGCCAAUUCAGUUAUGGCUGGGGACUCUGACUCUGAUGUAUCUAUAACUGAUGUGACAAAUGACCUGCUUUCGUUGACCUACCUUGAUGAAAUUAAAAGCAGAAAUAUGAACACUGAUUUAAAACCUGUCGAGGACAGUGCACAUCAGGAACGCGAAGAAAGACCGCUAGAAGAUUCCGAUUUUGCAGUUGUGGAAUCGACCGAUAAUAAUCAUGUUGCUAUAGAUGUUUGUCAGGAUGUUUCAAACAAUGAUAGCCAGCUUAUUACUUCGGAGGAGACUGAUACUGAAGAUGAUGUGCGCAGCCUGUACCCUGACGUGGUUGUUAUUUCAUCAUCAGAGGAGGAAAUUUAUUCUAGAAGGAGUAGUAUUGCAGAUAACACGCUAGUUGAAAGUUUCGAGGUGGAAGUGGAAAGUCCAUUAACUGAAUCUUGCCUAAAAUGUGAUGCUCCGACAGAUGUUCAUCCAAGUAGUACCGACAUUAAGACUGAAUCUAAACCACUUGUAUUUGUCCCUGUCAACCCCAUGGCACCUGCUGAUGAAAAUAAGUUAGGACCUAAUUCUGAAGUAGUUCAUGCACUUAGAAAGCGUAGCUUUGUUGAAAAACUUGAAAAAUUAAUUGGUGCUCAGACUCUGAAAGUAAAAUCAACUUCACAUCCUCCAUUAUUAAGGACUUUGUCAGUGUCUUCUGAGAUAAAUAUUUCAAAAGUACAAAAUGUCCCAUCUAGCUUUGGUAAUUUUGAUACCUCUCCAGACUCUGUUUCGUCUGGUUCUGAUGAUCAGCGUGAUGUUGAUCUUCCCUUGGCGUCUUCUCCAGAAAGUCAGUUCAAGAGCCCGUGCUGCACCAGACAGAACCAAGUGAAACAGAGUGGGAUGGUACAAAUGACCCUGAGGUUGUAAGGGAUAUCAAAGAAAAAUUGGAAAAAAUAUUUUCAUCAAAGGUUAACACCCCUGUAACAUCUCCCACUUCAAAAGUAUUUUCUACUACCUUGGCCAAACCUUCAGAGGGUGUUAAAAGUGAACACACUGGUGAAAACUCUGAGACAUCUGUAAAUGGUUCUGCAGUAGGUGAGAGCUCUGAAGACUCUUGCAAAGAAGAUGAACACGCGCUGCAAAAAGAUGAAACAAGAAAACACUUGGCACAAGUUUUAGGAACGCUGAGACUGAGAAACCCUGAUAUAUCUAGCUGUUAAUUCUUUGUUCUAAAAAAAAUUAAGGCGUUUGAUUUGCACGUGUCUGACUUGCAUGCUGGGAAUUUUCUAAUGCAUGAGAAGAUCCAAGUUUCUUUGCUUUUGUUGUUUUCCUCACUUACAGUCUGAGUGUUCAACAUUGUACUUCAUUGCCUUCCCUUUUUCUUU